AUGCUUGAGAAUGUUGACGAUUUCAUCAGAGCAGUCCACGAAGGAGACCACGGCAUUAGGCCUGCAGGCGAAGGUGAAAACGCCGAAGCAGAGGUGCUUUAUGUUUCCCUAGGGAAGCGCAAGGCCUCGGUUACGCCAUCAAGCUCAAUCAAGCGAAUUAAAGUCGCCAAAACAACUUCCAGUGCCUCCUUGCAUUCAGGAGCAAGACCCCCUACUUACGUAGAACGUGCACUCGCUGCAAACACGAAUGUUCUGAACGCCGCCAUUGACGACUCCUCCAACGCCGCCGUUGGCAACUCCUCCAGCGCCGCCGUUGACGACCCCGGCGAUGCCGAUCUCACGCCUCAGUCUAGUGGCCGUACUCUCGUUGCGGAAGCAGGGCCGGUUGUUGUUGCUUAUUGUCAUGCGCUGCGCGGAUACGUGGGGCAGCUGCCAUUCGGUGUGCAGUGGGAGAUCGCCCGAUUCGUGAACGCAGGCUUCGCAUGGGACAAAUUCACCGUCGACGGCCUUCUUGAGUUCGCGAAGCUGGGAAGCAACGCAAAAGCGGCACCUGAGGUCGCCCGGAUCGUCGCUGACAAUCUGUCCGAGCAGUCGGAGAGCACGAAAGACAUGCGCGCGGAUGCCUUCGCUUCUGCGUACGCGAAAGAAAGAAGCGUGAAGCUCCCCUGGGACGAGCUCGACAAGGAAGACACCAUUCUGAGGCACUCCCCGCAUGGCGGUCUAGGCUGCAACGAAAAAGAGCCGUACUUGAUGGACGACCCAUGGUACGGCGGACGUGUCCAUUUCACGGCCAAGGUCGUCCUCUCCAGCAUGAUGCCUAAUGAUAAGAGCGAGCUGUUCUCCCUACGGCUUGAUCGCCCGGUACUCGGAUCAUCAAACCUGUUCGCACGGCGCUUCGGGUCGCGCAAGUUCAUUCGAGUCCGGAUGUCGAAGGACAUCUACAUGGGUCCGGACAAGAAGGCGCGCGAAGAACUUUUGAUGCAAUUCUUCCAGCGGCCUUUCGUGAUCAACGGCUUCGUCUACAAGGCGUUCUACGCGAAGGAGCAGAACGUCUUCCUCUUCCAAACGAACGAGUUCUGGGAUGGCAAUCGGAUUUGCGACCCGAAGCCAAUCUCGUUGAGCCCCUUGCACCGCGAGCUUUCCUUUAUCGAAUUUAUCAACUUUCAUAACGAUUUAACUCGUAACAAAGAUCAAACUAUGGUCAAAUGGGCUGCUCGCUUUGCUCUUGGCCUGUCGAACUCUGUUCCAGGGCUGCGGCUACAUCCGUCCAACAUUGCAUUUGAGGAAGAUAUCGUCUGCUCGGCAUGGAAGGGUGAAGGCAAAGCGCCGAACGAGCAAAUCAUGACGGACGGGUGUGGCCUGAUUCGUCUGGACAUUUUACAACAAAUUGCGGACCGCUUGGCAUGGCCCAUGGUACCGAUGGCCAUCCAAGUCCGUAUAUGUGGUAGCAAGGUCAAGAUCAAACACGCCGUAGACGGGAAAGUGCCACUCGACAUCGACCCAGCUAUGCUUACCAUCGACGUUCUGCGCCCGUCUCGCAUGACGAGCCCUGCUAGGCUCUCCACAGAGACAAUCAUCAAUCUCGCUGAAAACGGGGUGCACACCAGUGUUUUUGUCAAACUCAUGCAAGAAAGCAUGCAGAAGAAGGUCGAGGGACUGACGACGUGGCAAGGGGACUACGGCUUGUAUCGGCUGUGGAUGAACGUCGCCCGUGCAGGAGGUAUUGUCUCUGCCCGUCUGGCUCGAGAGGCUGCUGGCGCUGCCCGCGCGAAGGGGUACAUCUUCGAGGACUUCACUGAUGAAGCAGGAGACGAGGACGGCUUUGAUCAGAUGGACAAGGCUCUUGAAGAUCACUCUACUGCGUGGUGGGAUGAUCCGAUCAGCGGUUGCCCUUCAACGCUCGAGGAGACUGUACUGGUGCUCCUUGACUCCGGCUUCAAACCCGACACUUGCCCGGUCCUGGCAGCCAAACUCAAGGAAGUCGUAAAACGUGCGAUCAACAGCUACGUGAGACGCUAUCGCGUCGAUGUCCCUCAAUCUUGCACAGCCUACAUUGUUCCAGAUCCCCUUGGCGUUCUGGAGCCCGGGCAGGUGCAUAUUAAAAGUAGUCGACGCAAUCUCGUCGACCAAGAUGGUAGACCCACUGAUAUCGUGUUGGGGGAAGUGCUGGUGACACGGCACCCGUGCAAAGUGCCUACGGAUGUUCAAAAGGUCACUGCUGUCUUCAACCAAAAGCUCAGCAGCUACGUCGAUGUGAUUGUAGUUUCCAUCAAAGACCACGUAUCCAACAAGAAGCUCAUGAACCGGCAUCUCGCGAGUUGUACUGGCGGUGGCGAUUAUGACGGUGAUACCAUGGAAGCCUUCUGGAACUCGGACUUGGUCGAAGGAUUUAAAAACGCCGAAACAAAGUUCCUCAACGAGCCUAAGAACGUACAGAAAUGUCUCGUCAAGAAUACCGAGACGGUUGCGCAAUUCCUGUCUCGUAACCCACUUUCUACUGAUAAGGACAUCAUGCAACCGGAAAUACAAAAGUAUCUUCUGGGCUCUCUGAGAGAUUCCUCAAUGGUGGGGACUUACUCUACGUGGUGGGAGAACGCCAUUUAUAGGUACGGGUAUCAGCACAAUCGGACAGUCUUUCUCGCCUACAUGUUUUGUGCCAUCCUCGAUGGUUCAAAGACUGGCGUCAUGGUUGCAGAGUCCGCCUACGAGAGCCAUAGGAAGCAAUACGCGCAUCGUCCGCCUGUCUGGAAAGAGACCGACGAGGAGCGGGAACGAUUACUUCGAGCAUUCACGAACGACGCGAAUUUGCAGCGAGAACGGCGAUUAGGACCCUUCGUCAUGGACGAAAUUUAUAAACAAGUGAACAAGGAGAGCAACAAGCAGCUCCGACACGUUGAAGAAGUACUCACAGCGAGGGUUGCCCAGCUAGAUGAGCAACUCGCUGCGCCCUGGAGAGAAGCUGUAACGCGUGUCGCCCUCCUCGCGAAGCGAGGCAAUCCCGACGCGGAGGCGGAGCUACAGGCUAUUUGUUCGCACGUCGAACAAGAGGGACGCGGCGCUACAGGUUCCAACGGUAACCCGAAUGCGAAGACGAAGUCAGGCUUCACGGGUCUGCCUAUCGAGAAGCGUCAAGACAAGUUGCGCGAGCUCUCGAAGGAGUUCAAUGCUGCACAAGCCAAACCAUUGCUCUACUUCAGCGAGGCAGACCUGCGGCGCGUGCGCGCAUCCUAUGCUUUUGUCUUCGACCACGAGACUUCUCGGGAUCACUGGUCACGCUUCCCUUGGGACGUCGCUAUGCGUACCCUUUGCGAAAUCAAAGCGGGAGCACUGGGACUGAGCAAGACGACGGACAACACGACCCAGCGCAUUGUACGACGGCAUUGGGUCAUCAAUCCACCCUUUUACCUCGAACACAAGAAGGUUGUCCAGAACACCUCAUCGCCCUUCACCCGCAGAGGCGUCCUGCUGCAUAUCUGUCUCGGGCUCCUUGACACUGUCGUCGCUUUCCAUUGCUGGCACGACUGUUGGGAGUUCUGUUUCCUCCUGGGCAGCUUCAGCCUCCGAGGACGCAGAAACUUCUGCAAUUGUGUCCGCUACCACUGUUGUGGUGUCAUCGUGCAGAGCAGGCUCAUCGUCCGCCUGCGUACCAGCCUCGAAUUGCACCUCCUCUGGUUCAAGAGCUUCGGCAGUCUCAGCGAUGUCGGUCUCCUCCGUGGGUUCAUCUCCAGCACAAUCUCCUCUAACGGUGCUGAAGGCCCCUCGUCCUGUUCAGCAGCGGGUGCGACAUCGUCUGUCUCUUCGGAAGGCUCAGAGACAUCUACUGGCGCAGCAUGGGUCCACUCUUCUGCCGCCACUACACCUUCCUCUGAACGCGCUUCCGGCUCCGAUGCAGUCUGCGCUUCCGAUUCGUGGGGCACUAGGGGCGGCGUCGAGGCGAAUAAGCCCUGGCUGCUGAAUGGGCGCAUACGCCUGGCUCUGCGCAUCAUCUGCUCCCGCCCGUGGGGGCUCGCGCGCAUACUGCUGGUCGAUGGACGCGGCGAGCAGACGCGGGUAGCUGUCUGCCGGAUCGCGGCCCUGGUCACGCUGGUGGUCAUCGAAGCCGAUGCCUGGGGGAAUAACGAGAAACUCGGCCGGGACGAGGUUGAAGCGCGACGUGAGCGCGAGGAAACGCGCGUACAGCGCGGACUCGGCCUCUGCUUGCGCAAAGGCGGCGCGGUGAUGGAAGUAUGCGUGCGCAAAGAUGCGUCCCAGACGGCGCGCCAGCGAGGAGAAGUGCCGGUGUGA